UCCUAGGAAUUAUAUAAAAUUAGAAGAAAAUAUGUUUUUUCUUAUAUAAAAAACUAAGAAAAUUAAUUAACUAAAUAUCUAUUAAGAAAGAUUGAAAUAAAAUGACUCAUAUAGAAAUCACACAUAAACCAAGCCUUUUGAAGGAAGCUAUUAUUCAAAUUGGUGCAGGAGGUUCUGCAGGUUUUGUAGAAGCUUGUAUAAUGCAUCCUAUGGAUCUUAUUAAAACACGUUUUCAACUACAGAUUAAAACAGGAUCACAAGAUGUGCUUUAUUAUACAGGAAUUAGAGAUUGUAUGAAAAAAAUGUAUAAAAAUGAAGGAGUUGCUGCAUUUUGGAAAGGUAUAUUACCACCAAUUAUCAUGGAAACUCCUAAAAGAGCUGUAAAAUUUUUCUCCUUUGAACAGUAUAAGAAAUUCUUUAAUAAUCACACAUCAAAAACAAUGACAUUUUUUUGUGCUGGAUUCUUAACUGGUGUAACAGAAGCAAUCUUAAUAAAUCCAUUUGAAGUAAUUAAAGUGCAAAUGCAAUCUAAUCGUAAACACAUUAGUGAUAGUCCAUCAACUAUUGCUGUAACUCGACAUAUUCUUUGCAAACAAGGUUUUGGACUAAAUGGUCUUAAUAAAGGUUUAUCUGCUACAAUAAUGAGAAAUGCGAUUUUUAAUUCUUUUUAUUUUGGUAUUUAUAAUUCUAUCAUUCCUUGGUUAAAUAAAAAAAAUGACUAUACUUCAGAAUUAUUUCUUAAGUUUACUGUAGGUUUUAUAUCUGGAACAGUGGCAUCCUGUAUGAAUAUACCAUUUGAUGUUGCUAAAAGUCGUAUCCAAGGUCCACAGGAAAAAAUUCAGUAUAAGGGUACUUUGCAAACUAUUUAUUUAGUUUAUCAUAGAGAAGGAUUUAGAGCUUUAUAUAAAGGAUUGUUACCAAAAAUCUUACGAUUAGGACCAGGUGGUGCAAUUAUGCUUAUAGUUUAUGAAAAAAUGAAAAUAUAUUUAAAUAUGCAGUUUGGCAAUUGAGUAAAAUUUUAGAUUAGUA